CGGAUCAGAAGUGGAAACACGUUGUGGUUUAAUGUUUCUGCACUGAAAGGAAAUCUGCAGUUUGAUCAAUGCUUUUACAGACGAAAGACAAUGGAGAAGAUCAUGCUCUUUUGUGUUUUUUCAUACUUGAUUGUUCAGAUCAGCUCCAGCGAUGCUUCAGAACAUAAUGUGACUCUGUUAAGAUUUCAGCUGAAUGAAAGCAUCACUCUGAACUGCAACAUGACAUACAAUCAUGAAAUAGCCUGGUAUCACCAGAAUCCUGAAUCUGGACGACUAACACUGGUGCAUUUUGCCACGGCCUUAAUGAAAGAGAAUCAUAUGAUGAAUCAAAACAGACACCUGGCAGUUAUAGUAGAUAGAAUUAGAAACACAGGCUCGCUAGUUAUGACUGGACUAAUGGAGUCAGAUUCAGGUCUUUAUUUCUGUGGAACAAGAUCAGGGUAUUCAGACAUGCACUUUGAGAAACCCAUCAGACUACAGAUCGAGGACAGAGAAGACAAAGUUCAGUCCGUCACAGAUCCUCCAGAGGAAGAUGAGAUCACAGAUGAAGUGACGCUGACGGAGCGUGUGCUGAUGUUCAGUGGUGUUGCUUUGGCUGUGUUUCUGUGUUUUCUGGUUAUAAUCAUUGCAGGAAGAAACAUUUACUGUCACGGUUGGCGGAAAGGAUGGACCGCAGCCGAACAUGCUGGUCUGAAUGUUUAAAACUCACCUAAAUGACAUUUGUGAGCUUUAUUUUUUAACAAUAAUCAGCAUUUAUACUUUACACCAGGCUCACCGAUGUGAUUCAGAUGUGUUUCUGUCGGCCAGAUCUCAUAGACGUCUGUUUUAUCUGUUCAUGGCACAAACCUGUUCAAAUAAAAUGUCUUCAGUGUUCAAAGUGUUUUUGAGUUUCGAUCAAAUAAACAGCAGUAAAACUAUCAUGUCACGGUUGUAUUUUUGAUGAAAAAAAUGUAUAGAAAUGAUAAUUCUUUCUAAAUGUUAUGUAGAUCUAAACACACGGUCUGUGACUAUAAACAGAAACAGAUGCGAAUGAAUAAGUGUGUGUGCCGUCUUUCUUUAGUGAAAUAACAAUAAAUACCACUUUAUUUCUG